AUGUCUGGUGAUUCGGCAGCCGAUACCUCUUCCGAUCGUUCCACCGAGGACCUGGUCUCGCAAUUGCUCCAGUUCACGGCCGAUAUCGUGGGCGACGAACUCGACGACAAAACGCGGGUCGAACUACUCGAGCAACUGCUGGGGCCCGGCGUGGCCCGUCGCUUGGGCAUCUAUAACCUGCCUGAGGGAUUCCUCCUGUCGGUCGUAAUCCCUGUGUUCAACGAGCGGAACACCCUGGCCGAGGUGAUUCGCCGGGUUAGGGCCAGCAAUGUGCCCUGCGAGAUCAUUCUGGUCGACGACGGAAGUACGGAUGGCACCCGCGAUCUGCUCGACUCUUGGAGAGAAGACGCGGACCUGAAGAUCCUGAUGCACGAUGUGAACCAGGGAAAAGGUGCUGCGUUGCAGACGGGGUUCACCCAUGCCACCGGCGAUGUGGUUCUAGUGCAAGACGCCGAUCUGGAGUACGACCCGGCGGAGUUCCGGAAGCUCAUUCAGCCAAUUGUCGAAGAUCAGGCCGACGUGGUGUUUGGCAGCCGCUUCACCGGCGAUAACCAACGGGUGCUGUACUUCUGGCACUACGUCGGCAAUCGCAUUCUGACGAUGCUCUCCAACGGCUUCACCAACUUGAACCUCAGCGAUAUGGAAACCUGCUACAAGGUUUUCCGUCGCGAAAUCAUUCAGCAGAUCGCGCCCACGCUGCGAGAAAAGCGUUUCGGCAUCGAACCGGAGAUUACGGCCAAGGUGGCCAGCGUGCCGGGGGUGCGGAUCUAUGAGCGGCCCAUCACCUACUACGGGCGCACCUAUGAGCAGGGCAAGAAGAUCACUUGGCGCGAUGGGUUUCGCGCGCUGUGGUGCAUCGUGCGGUAUCGCCGUGGGCUGAAGUCGAUCGAACAGCGUCGGCUCACGGUUUGGUGGAGAGAUGGUUUCCGGCGAGGUUUUCGUUCUCCACAGGUAGUCGAAGUCGGCCCGCCAGUUGUAGCCGCGUUCCGAGCCGCAGGUGCAGUCCUUGCCGCACUCCUUGCACGAGCCGUAGCGAACCAGCGUGCGGCAGUCGGAGUGCCGCUUCAGCCAAUACAAGCAGCCUGGGGUAUGAUCGUGGUGAUGCACUCCGGCGGCGGGGCAGCGGAGAAUGAGGAGGGAUUACAACUAGCAUCGACCAGCAAGCCGGCUGGAAUCGAGUAUGAAUCAGCUCCGCCCAACGAAGAUGCCGAUCGUCGCGCGGAACUAGAUCGGUCGGUUCGCGCCGGUGGGCGAGCGGUGGCUGCCGCCCAAGUGGCCAGCCAGCUAAUCUCACUGGUUGUGCUGGCGGUGCUGCUGCGAAUGUUGGGGCCAGAGCCAUUCGGCCUGCUGGCCAUGGUGCUGCCUUUGUUGUUGCUGGGCCGGACCUUCACGGCCUUCGGAUUGAACGUGGCGGCCGUGCAGCGCGAGACGCUGAGUCGUGAGGAAGCGUCUUCGCUGUUGUGGUGGACGCUGGUGUUGGGGCUGCUGACGACGGUGCUGUUAGUCGCGUUGGCUGCCCCGGUGGCCUGGUUCUACGACCAACAGGAACUGAGUUCGCUCACCGCGGUGUUGGCCGCCACGGCGUUGGUGUUUGCGGUGGGCGUUCAACAACAGGCCCGGCUUGAGCGACAUCUGCAGUUGGGCUCGUUGGCCUUUGCUCGCGUUGCCGCGCAGACCUUCGGUGGCGUUCUGGCGAUUGGCUACGCUUGGAUGGCUGGUGCAGAGAGCCACUACGGUGGUGUGUGGACCCUGGUCGUGCAGCAGUAUGCCGAGCUAAUUCUGUUGGCGAUUGUUGCCUGGGGAAUCGACCCUUGGCGGCCCUGUGCUCCAGGGCGAGGGGCCGCGGUGGGGGACAUGUUCCACUUUGGCCGGCAGUACACUGCCAGCGGGCUAUUCUUCACUCUGGGUCAACAACUCGACAAAGUGGUGAUCGGCGUGUUGCUGGGCGAUCGGGCCUUGGGGCUCUACUCUCAGGCUUUCAACAUCAUCAUGAAGCCGGUGACACUCAUUAGCACCGCCAUCACGGGAGUGAUGCUGCCGGCUUUGUCGCGGGCACGCGCCGAUCACACCGUAUUCGAAGAGCUGUUGCUGGCGUUCAAUCGACUGGUGGCCAUCGCCCUGCUUCCCGCGGGUGUGGGGUUGAUGAUUGUUGGGCCUGAAGUGAUGACCGUUCUCGGCGGCGGCGAGUGGCAAGCGGCUGGCCCGUUGUUGGCGACACUGGCCGCGGUGGUGCUCGUGCAGGGGUUCAUCAACAUUGCUGGCAGUGCGUUUGCUUCAGUGGGGCAAUCGCGGAGAUUGAUGUUCGGCGCCGCCGGCCUGACGUUGGGUUCGCUCCUGGGCCUGCUUGCAGCCUGGGCCGUGAGUUCGUCGAUGGACGAUCGCCUGUUAGGGGUAACCGCUGGGUACGUCUUCACGCUGGUUGUCGUGCUGUUCCCACCGUACCUGGUCUACUGCAUGCGUUCGGUCGAUGUCUCGCCAGGGCAGUGGCUACGCACCAUUCGACGACCGGCCGUUGCGGCUGGCCUGAUGGGCCUGAUCGUGUUGGGCGCGAAGCUGCUUCUAAUGUGGGCAACCAGUUUCGCAGAUGCCGUAACACUGGGGGUGCUGAUUCCGCUGGGGGCCAUCGUCUACAUCUGGCUGGCUCGUGAAGAGAUUCGCUGGAUCGUACAGCGAUGGGGCCGCGAUGCGUAG